AUGUAAAUAACGCAAUCUGAGUGACCACAGUAUAAAAUGUUCCUCGUCCAUUUGAUUUGUUUUUCAUCUCAGCAAAAGACUCAGAAAAACAAAAUGGAGAGUAAGCAAUGGCUGAAUUGGUUCAUGCUUGCUGUGAUUUGUCCUCUGAUCACAGGUGCUCCAUCUUUAAUGUCACGAGAAAACAAGCCAUGUCCCACAGAGGGUCUGUCCAUUACUGGAGGGAGCUUUGUUAUUUCAAAUUCGCACGGAGUUAUUGUAAAAUACAGCUGUCCUGAAGGCUUUUACCCAAAUUUUCUGACACGUAAGUGUCGAGAUGGAUCCUGGGACCCAAAGACCAAAAAAACUGCACAGUGCAAAAAUGUUACAUGUCCAAAUCCUCGUGUUUUUGAGAACGGAGAGGUGACUCCAUAUAAAGAUAGGUACUACGUCAAUGACACAACCAAUUAUACCUGCCAUUCCGAUUAUGUAUUCGGGGGCUCUCCGUACCGUGUUUGCAAACCUAAUGGGAAAUGGAGUGGAAGCACACCAAUAUGUGGACGUAACUCUGAUCACUGUCCUGAUCCCGGCAUUCCCCCUGGUACCCAUAGAACAGGCCAUAUGUUCAAUAUUGAUGACAAAGUCACAUACGGCUGUGAAAACAAACUGACCCUGAUUGGUUCCAACCAGCGAGUCUGUCAAGAAGGUGGCCAAUGGUCAGGGACAGAACCGCAAUGUUACGCCGAAUUCACAUACGACACCCCAGAUGAAGCAUCACAAGCGUUCGGGAGUUCUCUGAAGAUGAAUCUGGAGUUUCAUAAACAACAAGACGAUCAGGAGGGGAGGUUAGUAAGACUUGCUCAGAAUGGAACACUUGAUAUCUAUAUUUAUGUGGAUGCGUCUGACAGCAUAGAAAAAAAAGAUUUUGAAACAGCAAAGGAGGUCAUCAAGUCACUUAUAGACACGAUCAGCUAUUAUCAGGUCUCCCCAAACUAUGAGAUCCGGAUGUUUGCCACAGAGGUUCAAGAAAUAGUCACUAUGAGAAACUUCAAGACUAUUCCUGCUGAAAAAAACCUAGAAGAGAUUUCUCAAAGAUUGGAUAAUUUUUCUUAUGAAAGUAAAGGUGACCGAUCCGGGACUAAUAUUUGCCAAGCCUUUAAAACCAUUUUAGACAGUAUGGGAAUAGAGAGGAUCAAUGAUAAGAACUUCACUCAGACUCAACAUGUUAUCAUUAUGUUCACUGAUGGUCAUGCAAACAUGGGAGGUAAUCCCAAACCUAAAGUGGAUCAAAUCAAACAUCUUAUAGCUGAUGAGAACAAACUUGAUAUUUAUAUAUUUGGAGUUGGAAGUGAUAUAAAUAUGGACAUAAAUGAGUUAGUGACAAAAAGGGGAGAUGAAAAGCACUAUUUCGUGCUUCCAAAUCUGAAUGACGUGCAGGAGACAUUUGAUAAGAUGAUAGAUGAGGACACAAGUAAUCAACUGUGUGGGAUUCAACAAAAUGUCCCCAACAACAAACGGCGUGCAUUUCCCUGGUUGGCACAGAUUAAAGUUACACGUCAUCCAUCUGGGUCAAAUUGCAUGGGGUCAUUAGUCACACCAACUUACAUCUUAACAGCAGCUCACUGCUUCAAAUUCGGAGACAAACCUGAGAAGAUCACCAUUACUCUGAAAAAGAACAAGGGUGACGAUCUAAAAGUGAAACAAUUCAUACUCCAUUCUAAAUAUAAUGUUACAGCAAAAAAACAUAUUGGAAUUCCAGAAUAUUACGAAUAUGAUGUAGCUCUUAUAGAGCUGGAAAAAGCCGUCAAACUGGAUCGAGAGAUUCGAACAAUCUGCAUCCCCUGCACCAAGGAAACCAAUGGAGCUCUUAGACUUUCAGACAGUGAAGGAACAUGCAAAAAACAUGAGGAACUUAUAAUGGGUCCUGAUCUCGUGAACGCUAAUUUCACGUCAGAAAUGAUGGAGGAAGGUUCUCCAAAAUAUAUUAGAAGCAUCACCAUCAAGCAAAGAGGACUGCGGGAUGAUUGUGUUGAAGAUGCAAAAAAAGCAGACAUAUUUAAAAAAACAGACAAAAUAUUGAAUGCAAAAGACAUCGUUACAGACAAUUUUCUGUGCAGUGGUGGUAUAUCACCAACCACAGAUCACAUUGCUUGCAAAGGUGAUUCUGGUGGGGCCACUUACCUGCAUAAACAUGAUCGUAUGAUUCAGGUUGGUGUUGUAAGCUGGGGCUCGAAGAACAAAUGUAAUGAAGAAAAGGACAACAUCCUUUCUGAUGAAGAUAGCAGAGAUUAUCACACAAAUCUGUUCAGCCCCCAAAUACGGUCGUUUCUUCAAAAGUACCUAGGAGAAGAGAAACAAAAAGGAACACCUCUUAAAUUUUUUUAUGAUAAAACAGUUUUUGCUGGCAAGUUCAGCACUCUUGCAUCUUUUAUUUUCAUCAGGACUUCUGCUAUGAUAUUUCCUGCAGGUGCUCCGUCUUCAAAUUUAUGCCCUAAUGAGAAAUUCAGAAUUCGAAUGGGGGAUUUUACCUUAUCAGAUGGUUAUUCUGAAGGGAGUGUUCUGAGAUACAGUUGUCCAGAACGCUAUUACUCCACCGUUAAGACCCGUCAUUGUAAAAAUGGAAGGUGGACACCAAAGCCCAAAAGCAGACCAGAGUGCAAGAAGAUCACAUGCCCUGAUCCUCGUGGUUUUGAAAAUGGAGAAGUGUAUCCGUAUGAGCAGAGGUAUUUUGUGAACAGCAUAACCAACUACAUGUGUCAUUCUGGCUAUACAUUCAGAGGCUCAGCAUCCCGCGUCUGCCAGCCGAACGGGAAGUGGAGUGGGGGCACGCCAAUCUGUGGAAGAAACGCUGACCACUGUCUUGAUCCUGGCACACCCCCUGGCACUGUGAGAACAGGUCAUGUGUUUAAUAUUGAUGACAAAGUCACGUACCACUGUGAAAACAAUUGGGCCCUGAUUGGUUCCAGACAGCGAGUCUGUCAGGACAACGGCCAAUGGUCAGGGACAGAACCGCAAUGUUACGCUGAUUUCACAUAUGACACCCCAGAGGAGGCAUCAGAGAGUUUCAGCACUUCUCUUAAAGCAAAUCUAGAGCUUUCUCAACAACAUGAAGAAACAGAUCAGUACGGGAAAAAAAUACAAGUACAUCAGGGUGGAAAACUUGAUAUCUAUAUUGCUCUGGAUGUAUCUGACAGCAUAGACGAAGAGGACUUUGAAAAGUCAAAAGAUGUCAUAAGUAAACUCAUUGAAAAGAUCAGUUAUUAUGAGGUCUCCCCGAACUAUGAGAUCUUGGUUUUUGCCACAGAUGUUACAAGACUAGUCUCUAUGACAGACUUUAAGAGGGGUCAAGCAAAUAACCUAUCAGUCAUUCUUAAAAAACUAAAAGAUUUUAAAUAUAACAGUAAAGGUAUGGGAACAGGGACAAAUAUUGCCAAAGCUUACUUUAGCAUUUUAGAGAGUAUGGGAAUAGAGAAGGAAAAAGAUAAAGAAGGCUUUCUUCAGACUCAGCAUAUCGUCAUCAUGUUCACUGAUGGUCAAGCCAACAUGGGAGGAAAUCCCAAACCAAAGGUGGUUCAAAUAAAAGAUCUUGUGUUAAAUAAUGACCCUUCACGGGAGGAAAAACUUGAUCUUUAUGUGUUUGGAAUGGGAGAUGACGUAUAUUCUGAGGACAUAAAUCCUUUAAAGACUGACAGAGGAAAUGAAAAGUUUUUUUUCAAACUCAGGGAUCUGGAUGAUCUGAAGCAGACAUUUGACAACAUGAUUGAUGAAGGCACCAGUGUAAAACUAUGUGGACUUUACAGAGAUUACGAUGAUGGCAUGGCAUCCCAUGAGCGCCGUCAAUACCCCUGGUUGGCAAAGAUCAGUGUAACUCGUAACGAUGGAACCAUUUCAAAAUGCUUGGGGUCAUUAGUCACAUCAACAUUUAUCUUGACCGCUGCUCACUGCUUCAGGUUUGGUGAUACACCUGAUAGGAUAACUGUUGAGAUGGACUCUAAAGUAAUAAAAGCUCAACAAUACAUAUCUCAUCCUUACUAUAAUGUCACAGCAAAACGUCACCUGGGGAUACCAGAAUUUUAUGAAUAUGAUGUAGCGCUUAUUCAACUGAAGGAGCCUGUGAUCAUGGAUCUUAAUGUUCGACCAAUCUGUAUCCCAUGCACCAAAGAAACCAGUGGAACUCUGAAACUUUCAGAUCGUGAGGGGACAUGUAAAAAACAUGAGGAGAUGCUAAUGAGUGCAGAAACCGUGAAUGCUGCUUUCAUGUCAGAUUUGGGGGGCAGGAUUGGAAAGAAGCAAAUCAAAAUCAAGCUGGGAAAUUUGCGGGAUGCUUGUGUUGAAGAUGCGAAAAAAGCUCAAGGAAUGACUGCGACAAAAGCUAAGGAUAUUGUUUCAGAUAACUUUUUGUGCAGCGGCGGUACUGAACCAAACACAGAUGACAUUGCCUGCAAAGGUGAUUCUGGAGGGGCCACUUUUGUAGUUCCUGGUACUCGAAUGGUACAGGUCGGUAUUGUGAGCUGGGGAGUGAAGGACAUGUGCAAAGGCAGCUUCAAGCCUGUAUCGGUUGAAGAUUCCAGAGAUUACCAUACAAAUCUAUUCAGUCCAGAAAUACAUACGUUUCUCAAAAAAUAUCUGGGAAAUGACAGACUGGGAACCCCUCUUACAUUCUUGUGAACAUUUGACAACAGUUGCUUAUUAAUAUUUGCUUGCUUGUACAACGUUUUUUACCUUUUGUGUCUUUGUGCUAAUGUACAUUCCUGUGGAAUAAUAAAAGACGAAAUACAUAUAAUAAUCUUCACUCUUUUCUCGUCUAUUUUACUCUAUCAGUGGUUCAUUGUUAUUUUCAUGUUUAUUUUAAUAAACUACAGACUUAUUAUGACACCUGUUUUAGCAGUAAAUUAACAUUAAAUGUCCGAGGAGCCUAAGGAAAUACAUGCAAAAAUAUAUCAGAUCACAGGGGAAAUGAAAGACAAACAGAAUUGUGGUCUUAAGAUUUGAUGGAUCUAAACCCUAAACC